AUGCCUAUUUGCAUUGAGUGUUCCUAUCCGGUCUCUCACCUGUACAGCGCCUACAGUCGUGCCGAUGACCGGUCCCAAGGAAAGGGUGUGCGACUGACGCAAUGCCCACGGUGCCAGCGGUUUGCCGACAAAUACGUUGAAUAUGACUUUGUCGUGCUCUUCAUUGACUUGGUGCUUAUUAAGCCCCAGGUGUACCGACAUCUCCUCUUCAAUCGGCUCGGGCGAGACGACAACCAGUUCGAUCGGUCCAUCAUUCGCCUAGGGAUCCUUCUUCUUCUCUUCGACGUCUACCUGACCUGGGCACGCAUCGAGAAGGACCCAUCCCUCGCAACGACUUUCCUAUCGCGCGCCCCGAUCAUUGUUCAAUACCUCUUCUUCCUAAGCUUGAAUGCAGCCGCAACUCUCGCACAUCACCUCGCCGUGCGCCUCUUGGCCUCAAUCCUGGUUCCACAGUCACGCCGAUACAGUGGUCCAGACACCGCAGGCAGCAGCAAUGCCAACAUCAACCCUAGCACAAAAUCCACAGUAGAUGCUACUUCCUUCUCCUCCGGCCCUCCAACGCCAACUAUGCACACCUCGCCAUCCGGAGUGACAACCAACCCCCACACCCAAAACCCCGCCAACCCCCCCGCAAAUCCACUAGGCCCAACCCAAACACUGAGCUCACAUAGUGAGGUCACCUCUCCAACCGACUUAUCCCCACCACCGCAAGGUACAUUGAUGGGACCACCACCCCGACCUCCGCCGCCUCUGCGCCGGGCAUCAACAGCCCCGCUGCAGAACAUCCAGCCUCUACCCCCUCCAACAGCCGCAAGCCCAGCAGCGAUCAGCACCGCGCUGCUAGUCAGCAGCUGCGCAAAGCUCUUUCCCAUCCUGCUAGUAAUCUGGGGCGCUGACGGCAGCGGAGGUCUCUCUGACAUACCAGCGCACAGCCACACAGCAGCACAGAUCCGGACCCCGAUGCAGGUGGCUACGAUAGCGAGCACUGUGCAUCAGAGCCUGCUUGCCACACCUAUAAAAACUUCCUCUCUCCUCUCUGCGAAAGCGGCUACAGCAUCUCCGCCGUUGGCUUCGGUGCGUUCUUCUUCGUUUCUAGAAUCGUGGCUGGCUGCCACGGCUUCUACGCUUCGGACUUCUACGCGAACGAGUUAUUUGACUGGGCUUUUUGAUUUGCUCGCUUCCAUGUUUUCUCUUGGUGUUGUUGACACGCAGCUGGUGCUGCUGAGUAAUAUCGAGGCCUUGUAUAUCUUACUUGGCUGUGGAUAUCUGCGCGCUGUCGCAGUUGCUGUUACGGGCCAAAUCGCCCGAUGGGCGGUGCAGAGGAUGAUUCUUGGUGCUGUGGGGGUUGGUUAA